UCAGACGGAUGAAUUCUGGUGGAAGACCCAAAUAUUGCUUCAUCUUUUUUUAAAGAAAGCAUUCAAUUCAUUGUUUAGAGCGCUAAAGGACACAUCUAUCUGCAUAGACGAUCUUUGCGUGAAAGAAGAUGGCGUCGCAUGAGGGAAUUGCGGCUCUGGGGGUGGAAGGAGCCUCAGCGGCGGCACACGCUCUGUCCCUGCCAGCUGAAGCCUACGGAAAUGACCCACGGCUUGAAGUCAUGUGGGCGAUGAAGGCCUACAACCACGCUGAGAUCUACUUCAACCUCAUUUCAUCUGUUGAUCCAAAGUUCCUGAAGCUGACGAAGGUGGACGACCGGAUCUACUCCAGCUUCAGAGAAACCUUCAAAGAGCUUGAUGUGAAGCAGCUGAAAGAAGAAGACUUGAAGUCGAUUGAGGCCAAAGAGAGGUGGCGCGCUUUCUGCAACCAGUUUGAGGGCAUUGUGGAAGAUUUCAACUACGGCACCCUGCUGCGUCUGGACUGUGAGAAGGACUACAGCGAAGAAAAUACCAUAUUUGCCACCAGAGUCCAGUUCUUUGCUGUGGAGAUUGCCCGGAACAGAGAAGGCUGCAACGACACCGUGUUCAGAUCCAAACAGUCUAAAAGCUAACCUCCAGAUGUACCGGCGUGAACCCAUUUCAUCCAGCUGCUUGCAUGUCCUUGGUGCCAUUUAUCUUCCAACUUUUUUGUUUAUAAUUCCUUUAUAGAUUCAUUUAUUUUCUGCUUCUAUUGGAACUAUGUGCAAAAAUAAAACAUUUUAAUACACAAUCUGCAGUUUA